ACGAAAAAAAACAGUAAGUCAUCUCCUCCAUUUCCUUCCAUUUCUAAACCCUCCAUCGAAACACAUAUGUCAUACAUCUUUAAUCUCGAUAGGUCUAAAAAAUCUAUCAAAUGAUAUUUUAUUUAUGUAAAAAAGUUAUUUGGAUGAUCUAUACGAUACAAACAUACAAUCCUACUGUUAGGUUUUGAAAAUAUGUAGCAAGUAAAAAGAUAUUGAGCAGUGUAACAUUGCUUUAGUUUGAGCCCUCCUACACUCUCUCCCUCCGUAAGAUAAAAAAAGUUGUAUAUGAAACAAAGGAAAUGUUAUUUUACAUCUUUUAAAAGUAUUUGAAUAGAUUGUAACUUUCUUUGAGCAUAGAUAUUGAUGCUUGCUAUUUGUAAACAUUUCUAUCUUCAACAGACACAUCCAACAAUAAGUUUUUUACUCAAGUUUCCCCCUACUUUUGACAUAUCUGAGCAUGUAUGUCUAUAUAUACGUAUACAUUCUAUUUUUGUAGGAAUGAAAGUGAGUAUAUCAACGCUAUUGUUGACCGGAUUUCAGACUUGUUGAAUAAGACAGACUUGUUUAUUUCGGAUAACCCUGUGGGAAUUCAAUCUCGAGUGAAAGAUGUGAUUAACUGUCUAGACUUCGGAUCAAACGGUGUUCAACUAGUAGGGAUGUGGGGUAUGGGGGGAGUUGGCAAAACAACCAUUGCAAAAGCUGUUUACAAUAAGAUUGGCCGCGAGUUUGAAGGUAGGAGCUUCCUUGCAAAUAUUAGGGAAGUUUGGAAGCAAGAUGGUAGACAAAUAAUGGGUUUACAAGAACAACUUUUAUCUGAUAUCUGUAAAGAAAAAACCAAAAUAUCAUACAUUGACAAGGGAAAAAACACAUUAAAGGAUAAACUUUGCGGUAAAAGAGUACUUAUUGUACUUGAUGAUGUGAGUACCCUAGACCAACUGAAUACUUUUUGUGGAAGUCAUGAAUGGUUUGGCAAAGGGAGUGUAAUAAUCAUCACAACAAGAGAUUUGGUUUUACUCAGAGGGAGAGUUAACAGAAUAUACAUAAUGACAGUAAUGAAUGAAAGUGAGUCAAUUGAGCUUUUUAGUUGGAAUGCAUUCAAGCAAGCGAGACCCAAAGUAGAUUUUUCUGAAAUUUCCAUGAAUGUGGUUAAGUAUUCUGGAGGGUUGCCGCUAGCUCUGGAAGUCCUUGGGCGUAAUUUGUUUGCUAGAGGGGUAACAGAAUGGCAAUGUGUAUUGGAGAAACUCAAAAGAAUUCCUAAUGCUCAAGUGCAGAAGAAGUUAAGAAUAAGUUAUGAUGAUUUGGAAGAUGCUGAUGAGCAAGAAAUAUUCCUUGACAUAGCUUGUUUCUUAAUUGGAAUGGACCGAAAUGAUGUUAUACUCAUAUUAAAUGGCUGUGGACUUCAUGCAGAAAUUGGAAUAAGCGUCCUUGUUGAGAGAAGCCUUGUGAGUGUUGAUGAUAAGAACAGGCUUGGAAUGCAUGAUUUGCUGCGAGAUAUGGGAAGAGGAAUUGUUCGUGAGGAAUCACCAAAGAGUCCUGAGAAGCGUAGCAGGUUGUUGUAUCCGGAGGAUGUGAUUGACGUAUUAUCAAAACAAACUGGAAAAGAAAGUGUUAUGGGACUGGCUUUGAAGUUGCCUAAAGCUAAUAAAUACUGUAAAGCAAUGAAAACUUUUAGAGAACGCCAAUGUCCAUCUUCUGUGGAACGAAUCCAGGGUAUUACACUUCAUGACGCACUUCAUUUUAGUUUUUCACACUUCAUGACUUAUUUUCACUUUUUAUAUUUAUGGCUGAAAUUUAAAUUAAAAAAAAAAUACCGACGAUUGAAGUUAAAUCUCUAAAUAAAUUUUAUUUGCUUUUAAUUAGUGUACACCAUUUUGAAAGCUACUUCAACUACUACACCGGUGUAAAUGUUUUAUUUUCUAUUCUCAUUCAUGGUUAGUGAUACAUUGUAAUUGUUUCUAUUUACUUUUUGAAGUCUGACCAAGUUUCUCCAUUAU